AUGACUACUGGUGCAUUUGAUUUUACCGACCAUUCUCACAGACGUUACAAUCCGUUGACGGACUCAUGGGUUCUGGUCUCCCCACAUAGAGCAAAAAGGCCUUGGUUGGGUCAGCAAGAGGCUCCUUUCAAACCGGACAUUCCUGAGUACGACGAGAAGUGCUUUCUUUGUCCCGGUAAUGACAGGGCAACAGGGGGUAAAAACCCAAAAUACGAGUCUACUUAUAUCUUUCAAAACGACUAUGCCGCCGUUAAAACUGAUCAGCCAAGUUUGAAAGAGACUGGUGACAAAGAUUCCCUAAAGAACAGGCUGUUCAAGGUUCAAUCCGUUAGAGGUAACUGUUUCGUCAUUUGUUUCAGUCCUAAGCACAAUGUUACCUUGCCACUUAUGUCCAAAGAUGAUUUGGUGAAAGUUGUCGGUGCGUGGCAAAAACUGUAUACCGAUUUGUCUAAGCAGGCAAUUGAAGAGCACAAGCCAUUCAAGUAUUUGCAGAUUUUCGAGAACAAGGGUACCGCUAUGGGUUGCUCCAACUUGCAUCCUCAUGGGCAAGCGUGGUGUUUGGAAACCGUUCCAAGCGAAGUGUCUAGAGAGUUCAAGUCCUUCGAUAAAUACAAGGCAGCAAACCACACAGAUUUGCUAGCAGACUACGUUGAACUGGAAAUGCAGGAAAAAACCAGAACCGUGUUUGAAAACGAUACGUUUUUGGUCGUUGUCCCCUACUGGGCUGUUUGGCCAUUUGAGACCAUGGUUGUUGCGAAAACAAAGAUUCCAAACAUCACUUCGUUGAAUGAGGCUCAAAAAAGAGACUUGGCAAGUGCGCUGAAGAUUUUGACCACGAAAUAUGACAAUCUCUUUGAAACCAGCUUCCCAUACUCUAUGGGUAUCCACCAAGCUCCAUUAAAUGCAACCAAGGAGGAGCUGGAUCACAGUUGGUUACAUUUGCAUUUCUAUCCACCAUUGUUGAGAUCGGCUACUGUUCGGAAAUUUUUGGUGGGUUUUGAAUUGCUUGGAGAACCACAAAGAGAUUUGACUGCUGAACAGGCCGCUGAAAGACUAAGAAAAUUGGAUGGUGAAAUACAUUACACUGCCAAUUUGUAG